AUGGCGACAGGUGCACUAGUUGGUCGGUCUGCACACCCGGCGUUUGUUGCGGGCAGGAAAAGAGCCCACCGAUCAAAGGGGGCCACCGGAAUUCAUAUCAAGAAAAAGGAUCAGGUGCGGUUGCCCCAUGACGACGACGACGACGACGACCACGAUGAUGUUCAGAGUCUCAAGAAGAGAAGAUUAGUCGAGAAAUCAUCAGUUUCCGGUUACGGAAGCAUAGAGGACUACGAGUGUCUCGACAGGAUCAGCCAGGGCGCGUACGGCGUCGUCUGCAGAGCACGUCACAAGAUGACGAACGAAAUAGUGGCCGUCAAGAAGGAAUUUGGCGGGCUAUGCGAGUCAACGCAGACCGAAAUAAACAUCCUGAAGUCCAUUCGCCACCCGUCGGUCGUGGAGUACAAGCACUUGGCGGUGGACGAUUGGGACGAUAUUUACGUUGUGAUGGAGUACGCUGAGUAUGAUCUUCACGAGUACCUCAAGAGGACCUCCUUCACUCUGCCUCAUGUCAAGCGCCUUAUGAAGGAGCUACUUGAAGGAGUCAAUCAUCUUCAUCAGAAUCGGGUGAUGCACAGGGACCUGAAGCCCUCCAACGUCCUUGUUGACGCCAAGGGCAAGCUCAAGAUAUGCGAUUUCGGGAUGUCCCGUCAGUUUCCAAGCGCGCUGGAUCCUGUCUGCACCCCUCACGUGGGGACCCUUUGGUACAGGGCUCCCGAACUCUUUCUCGAGCCCCACACCUACUUGUCGGCUGUUGAUAUGUGGUCCGUCGGCUGCAUUAUGGCGGAGUUCUUCUUGAGGCAAGUGCUUUUCAAAGGGGACUCGGAAAUCGAGCAGCUUGGGAUUAUCGUGACCAAUCAUGGUUUGCUGCGCGAAAAGUUUGUCGCUGCCACUGUUUCGGAAGAAGGUGGGCUGUUGCUCUCGGAGAGUGGGUUUCAGCUGCUCUCGCGCCUUUUGUGUUACAGUCCACAGGAAAGGAUAACGGCUCAAGACGCGCUCAAUCACGAGUGGUUUUGCGAGCCGUAG